UUGUUUCUUAAAAUUUCUCCUGAGGCUCUAAUCUUGGAGCUCUAUUUUGACUAUAAGUUGAACAUAAGCCACGUCUUUAUGUCUUCAAGAAAAAGCUUGAAAUCCAUCUUUAAGAAUAUAUUGGCUACUACCUGAAAGAGCGAGUUGGCCCUGUUCUGUUAGCUAGAUUAGACAAAGAAAGUGAACUUUUGAAGCAAUUGACGGAGACAGCAAAAGACUUUGCUUUAGGUCAGACGAAGAAGGAUUUGGGGACUGUAAGAAGGGUACAACUUAUGCUUGAGGAGUACUGCAAUGCGCAUGAAACUGUCAGAGCAGCAAUGUCAGCUGCCUCCCUCAUGAAAAGGCAGGUGGAUGAACUUAAGGAUGCUCUUUGCAAGACCAGCCUAAAGAUAGUUCAGAUGGAAUGGAUGCAUGAUGUUACUCCGAAACCCUUUCAUAAUGUCAGGUUCAUAUCUCAAAAAUAUCUUGCAAGUGAGGAUACAUUACUUCCAGUUAUUCUGAACCUCAGUAGACCUGAACUAUCAGAAAGUAUAGUGCCUUCUGUGUCAAAAAUUCAAAAAUAGCUAGGUCACUAGAGGGUCUAACAACUUGUGAUAGAACUUCUGUUACAGCAGAAGGUCAGCUUGAGAGAGCCAUGGGUUGGGCCUCUUGUGGUCCAAACUCCAGUGUGAUACGGAGUACUUCAACGAGGAAUUUAGGAAUGCCUCCUGAAUUUCAUAACCAUCUGAUGAGAUGGCAGGAAGCCAGAGAAAAAGCUUCAGAUAUCAUUAAAAUUUGCAUGCCAAUAUUAGAUUUGGAAGCAUCUAGAGAUGGCAUUUUUCGCACUUCAGGAGAGCUUUACCCCUUUAGGUCUGGUGCUGAUGGGAGGACAUGGCAGCAAGAUUACUUGAAUGCACUAACAAGAUUGGAUGUCACCUAUCAUUCUUUUACACGUACUGAGCAAGAGUGGAAGGCUGCUCAGAGCAACAUGGAAGCUGCAUCAAAUGGCUUAUUUUCUGCUCCUAAUGAACUCUACAUUGCUUCUGUGAAAGCAAAGUCAGCUUGAGGUGUCAUUUCAAAUCCUUCUACUUUUUGGGCAAUCCAUCCUGGAUUUGGAAUGCUUCCAACACUCCAUGUAACAAAACAAUGAAUUUCAAAUUUCAAAUCCCUAAUGACAAAUGACAGGAUGAAAUAACCCUAUCCAAAUGCUAGUUCUCUUUUGUAUUAGAAAUUCUGAGUUUAUGCUGGUCCGGAUGUGCUAAGUAUUUCCAUUGAUGUGACACU